CGAGUACUCCCCCCCCUACAUUAUCAAUUAACAUUAAAUAUGCCUACUAUCCCAGUUGAUAAGGAAGAUCUUUUCAAACUCUUAGGUAGAGAAUAUACUACUGAAGAAUUCGAUGAGUUAUGUUUUGAGUAUGGUCUUGAAUUAGAUGAAGAUACUACUAAUGAAUGUGUUGGAGAUGAAAGACCUCAAUUAAAAAUUGAAAUACCUGCUAAUAGAUAUGAUAUGUUAUGUAUUGAAGGGAUUGCUCAAGCUUUAAAUGAAUUUUUAGGUACUAAGGAAACUCCAAAUUAUACAUUUAAACCAAUUAAACCAGAAAUUACUUUAACAAUUAAACAAUCUGUUGAACCAAUUCGUCAAUAUGCUGCUGGAGCUAUAUUAAGAAAUAUUAAAUUUGAUCAAAGACGUUAUGAUUCAUUUAUUGCAUUACAAGAUAAAUUACAUUCGAAUUUAUGUCGUAAUAGAACUUUAGUUGCUAUUGGAACUCAUGAUUUAGAUACUUUAACUCCUCCAUUUACUUAUGAAGGUAUUUCACCAAAAGAUUUUAAAUUUGUUCCAUUAAAUCAAUCAAAAGAAAUGAAUGGUAAUGAAUUAAUGGAAUUUUAUGAAAAGGAUAAAAAUAUUGGUAAAUUCUUACAUAUAAUUAAAGAUUCACCAGUUUAUCCUCUUAUGUUAGAUUCUAAAAGAACUGUUGCUUCAAUGCCACCAAUUAUUAAUUCUGAACAUUCUAAAAUUACUUUAAAUACUAAGAAUGUUUUUAUUGAUGUUACUGGUACUGAUAAAACUAAAACUGAAAUUGUAGUAAAUCAAAUAGUUGCAAUGUUUUCUCGUUAUUGUUUAACACCAUUUGAAAUUGAACCAAUUCAAGUUAUUUCUGAACAUAAUAAUGAAACAAGAAUUACUCCAACUAUAAAACCAAGAAUUGCUGAAGCAGAAAUUUCUUAUAUUAAUUCAUGUGUUGGAUUAAAUUAUUCUGGAGAAGAAAUUUCUAAAUUAUUAAAGAAAAUGUCAUUACAUGCAACUGUUUCAAAAACUAAACAAGAUAUAAUUGAAGUUGAAGUUCCAAUAACUAGACCAGAUAUAUUACAUCAAUGUGAUAUUAUGGAAGAUGUAGCUGUUGCUUAUGGUUUUAAUAAUUUAACUAAAACUAAACCAAAGGGUCAAUCAUUAGUUGCUGCACCAUUACCAAUUAAUAAAGUAGCUGAUAUUUUCAGAUUAGCUUCAGCUCAAGCUGGAUUCUUAGAAGUUAUGCCAUUAACUUUAUGUUCUCAUGAUGAAAAUUUUAAAUUUUUAAGAACUAUUGAUGAUAAUACUAAAGCUGUUAAAUUAGAAAAUCCAAAGACUAUUGAAUAUCAAGUUGUAAGAACUACUUUAUUACCAGGAUUAUUAAAGACUAUUAAAGAAAAUAGAAAACAUUCAUUACCAAUUAAAGUUUUUGAAAGUGGAGAUGUAGUUUUUAAAAAUUCAGAAUUAGAAAGAGGAGCUUUUAAUCAAAGAAAUUGGGCUGCUAUUUAUGCUGGUAAAACUUCAGGAUUUGAAUUUGUUCAAGGUUUAUUAGGUAAAAUAAUGCAAACUUUAAGAACUCCAUGGUUAGAAAAUCCAAUUGAAUCAACUGGUAGAGGUUAUUGGAUUGAAGAAGAUAAAGAAAAUCCAACAUUUUUCCCAGGUAGAGGUGCAAAAAUUCUUUUCAGACAUAGUCAAGGUUCAAAAAUUCAAAUUAUUGGAUCAAUUGGUGCUUUACAUCCUGAAGUUAUGACUAAUUUUGAAAUUCCUUAUGCUGCUUCAUCAGUUGAAAUUAAUGCUGAAGUUUUCUUAUAAAUAAAUAAUAAAUAAUAGAUAUAUAAAUUAUAUAUAAAUUAUAUAU